GAGGAAAUACAGUAACAUCUGUUCAUCUGUGAAGGAUUAAAAGCUGUUUCACCUUGAAUUCAAAAUGUGCAGAGGGCUUGCAUCACUACCAACAACAUGCCUGGAGAGGGCCAAGGAAUUAAGGGCACGUUUGGGCAUUUUUUGUCAAAAGGCAGACUCCAGCCAUUCUGAAUAUUCAAACAAAGCAGAUCAAGUUAGGCCUACUCCUGACGAAGCUUUAAAAUGGAAAGAGUCUUUUGUAACACUCUUGAAAAACAAACAUGGUUUAGCAACCUUCAGAAAAUUCUUGAUAUUGGAGUUCAGUGAAGAAAACAUUGCUUUCUAUUUAGCCUGUGAAGACUACAAGAUUCCAAAAUCAACAUCAAAGCUGGAUGCAAUGGCAAAGAAAAUUUAUGAGGAAUUUAUUGAAAGUGAUGCACCAAGAGAGGUCAAUAUCGAUCAUGAAACAAGAAAUAUCACAAAGUUCAACCUUGUGAAACCCUCCAUUUCGUGUUUUGACUUGGCACAGAAUAAAAUCUAUACUUUAAUGGAGAAAGACUCUUACCCCCGUUUUCUAAGAUCAGCGCUCUACCAAGACUUGAUCAAAAAGGCCACAUACAAAAGUGCCAAGCAGCAAAUUUCCAGCAAGAAAUCUCACACAUGAAAACACAGUGUGAUCUUCCGUUGACAAACGAUGGGAUUUACUCUGAAGGAAUGUCCGGUGAAUAAUGCUAGGAGUGUAGACCCGAGGCCUGCAAAGUCAACUACAGAACAAGGCAUAGCAGACUCCGAGUUACAUAACUGGGUAUCUGCCAAAAGCUUGUCUGGCUCAGUGGCCAGAUUGUAAUGAAUAUAUUUCCAAGAAGAAGCUGAUGGAGAUACGGAAGCGAAGAAGAGAAAGUGUUAGAUUAAAGCACAUCUAUGUAACACAUUAUGCAACUGGAGAUGCACUGCUUUUUGAUAAUAAUAUUAAACUUUUAACAUGGAACUACUGUUAUUAUAUUAUAUUUAUUGAUUGAUUUAUUUAUUUUAAUGUAACUGGUUGAUAAAAGAUUGAAAUGAUUGUUGUGCCUAUGUGGAUUUUUGCACUUAAUUUGUAUUUUUAGUGAAAU